AUGCCUCCUUCCAAGACUUCCACCAAACCAUUCGCUUGUCAAUUCCCCGGCUGUACGUCAAGCUAUCAGCGGAAGGAACACCUGAAUCGACACGAAGCACAGCAUACCGGCGUUCUCGCCAGCGUGUGUUCUCUCUGCAAUCGCACCUUCUCUCGAAAUGACUCGUUGAGACGCCAUAUUCGUCAAGACCAUAGUAUUUCCGAACAGCACUCCACCCGAUCUGCCCUAGCCUGUAAUGCUUGUCGUCUCGCCAAGACACGAUGUCAUGGUGGGACUCCCUGCUUGCAAUGCCGUACCAAGGGACAAGCGUGUACUUUUGAAACGGCCGCAUCGACAACUUCACGCUCGCCAUCGGACGAGGAGGUCUUUGCGGCCAGUGUAGAGGCUGCAGUCCCUAUGGAAGACCGUACGGCCCAGACGAAGCACUAUGUGGAUCUUUACUUUACACACUUCCAUCCCCAUUGGCCUUUUUUGCAUCGCGCAACGUUCAGCAUCCCGGAUGAGCCACCGUUACUGGUUCAGGCAGUCCUGAUGAUCGGUCUGUGGGUGAGUGAGAAACCGUCGGCACGACAGGCCGCGGUAGAUCUGCAUCAGAAGCUGGGAUCAUGGAUUCGCGAACAGAGAGUUCAAUGGGAGAAUCUCAUACCCCGAAAAGAAAACGGAGAAGAAGGCCCCGUCUCUAUAUGUCCCAUUGCCACAUACCAGGGUAUCCUACUAUACCUGAUCUUCUCAUUAAUCCAGGAUACCAACUCCCGCUCUCUAAGCCUAAAUCUAUCCCUUUCACAAUCCGACUAUGAAAUCCUCUGCGUGCUAGUACAAGUCUGUCGCCGGAAUCAUGUAUUCUACUACCCCGGUAUGCUGGAACGAUACCAGGACGUUGAUUCUAUGGCUUGUAUCUGGAUUGGGGUGGAAGAGAUGGGUCGGUUAGGGCUGGCGAUGUACAAGGUCUCGUCUUUGUGCACAGCUGGGAAUUUGGAGGAUAAGGAGAAUGCAUUGCUUCAGUUGUCGGAUUUGCAGUUUCCUGUUCCGGAUAGUCGGACGUUGUGGGAUGCAAAGUCUGAUAUGGAACUGUCGCAAUUAUUGCAGUUGGAGGCUGGUCGGGAGAGGCUUGAUGCUAGUGAUAUGGCGAAUUGGAUCUCGGGUUGUGGGAAGGUGUUGGAAUCGGGCAGUGAGAGGUGGUGGUUUUGA